AUGUCGCGUGAAAAGGCCUUGAUGAUGGUCGAGAAUGCAGAUGUGCUAAAGUGGCCAAGGCACACCAAGUAUACCCCCUCCAAGAAAUUUUCUAACAAGUAUUGCAGAUUUCAUCGUGAGAAGGGACACAACACAGAGGAAUGCUUUCAACUGAAGGAUGAGAUAGAAAGGCUGGUGAGACAAGGGUAUUUUCCUGAUCAAGUCCCUACUAGUUGUAAGAUCAAUAAAGAUGAGAUCAGGAGGAGCAGGUCAAGAAGCCGGGAUCGAAACCCUGGCCCCCCCAGAGCAGAGAAGGCCCCACCUAGCAGAAGCAAUGCGCCGAUGAAAGGGGUGAUAUAUACAAUUGGGGGAGGUUCUAGUGCCGGAGAUUCGGAUGGAACUAGGAAAAGGUGCGCAAGAACGCUCGGAUCGAACAGAGGGAGAAAAUUUGUGCUGAAAGUUGAGGAAGAAGAGGUUAUUUCUUUUGAUAGUUCUAAUAAACCAAGAGACAUUGGAAUGAUGAAGGACCCGAUGGUCGUCAAGCUAGACAUUGCAAAUUUCACUGUUCAUAAAGUGUUGGUUGAUAGUGGGAGCUCGACCGAUAUCAUAUUCAAGAAUGUGGUUGAUGAGAUAGGGUUAGAAAAUGCCCGCCUCGAGCUGGUGAAGACCCCUUUGGUAGGAUUCGGUGGAAGCGAAGUGACGUCGCUGGGCGUGAUCGAGCUGCUAGUAUCCAUGGGUGAAGAGCCUAAGCGAAAAACUUUGAUGGUGAAAUUUUUGGUGGUAGAUACCCCAUUCGCGUAUAAUAUGAUUAUUGGCAGACCAGGCUUAAAUUUGUUCAGAGCAGUCAUCUCCACCUAUCACAUGAAGAUGAAAUUCUCUACAGAAAAAGGGAUAGGAGAAGUAGCUAGCGACCAGAAGGAAGCUCGAAAGUGUUGCAAUCUGUAG